AUGCUGUCAUCAAGAGCAUCAACCAGACUCUGCGCGCCGAAACAAGCAGCCCAUCUCGCCCGGGCCGCGGCAGCACUCCACAACACCACCACCACCACCUCCUCCUCCUUCACCGGCCUCCGCAUCACCGCCGCCUCGUUCCAGCAACAUGUAACCCCCACCAGCACCACGACCACGGGCACUCGCUCCUUCUCCACAACGCGAGCAACACAGCUCCGCGACUUCUUCCCGGCCAAGGAGACGGAACACAUCCGCCUCACGGCGCCGGCGUGGCCGCACCCGGGAUACACGGAACAACAAAUGCACGACAUUGUCCCGGACCACCGCAAGCCGCGCACCGUCGGCGACUGGGCGGCGUGGAAGUUUGUCCGGCUCGCGCGGUGGUUCAUGGACCGCGCCACGGGUCUCGGGUCCGAGCAGCAGGUCGACAAGAAGAAUCCCACCACGUCGCUCGUGGCCGAUAAGCCGCUUACCGAGGCGCAGUGGCUGGUGCGGUUCAUCUUUUUGGAGAGUAUUGCCGGAGUACCGGGCAUGGUCGCCGGCAUGCUCCGCCACCUCGGCAGCCUGCGCCGCAUGAAGCGCGACAACGGCUGGAUCGAGACGCUCCUCGAGGAGAGCUUCAACGAGCGCAUGCACCUCCUGACGUUCAUGAAGAUGUCGGAGCCGGGCUGGUUCAUGAAAGUCAUGAUCCUCGGCGCCCAGGGCGUCUUCUUCAACGGCAUGUUCCUGUCGUACCUCAUCUCCCCCAAAAUCACCCACCGCUUCGUCGGGUACCUCGAGGAGGAGGCCGUGCACACGUACACGCGCUGCCUCUACGAGAUCGACCAGGGCCUGCUGCCCAAAUGGUCCGACCCGAACUUCGUGAUCCCCGAUAUCGCGGUGCAGUACUGGAAGAUUCCCGAGGGCCAGAGGACGAUGAAGGAUUUGAUUUUGUACAUCAGGGCCGAUGAGGCCGUUCACAGAGGCGUAAACCAUACCCUCAGCAACCUCAACCAAAAGGAGGAUCCGAACCCGUUUGUCAGCGAGUACAAGGACGGCGAGAAGCCCAACGCCGCGCUGAGGGCACAGGGAUUCGAGCGUAACGAGGUCAUCUAA